AUGACCGGCCCGACCCCGCUUCGGAAGCUGGUCACGCUCGUCUGGGGCGACUGGCAAUCCAACGCCUUGUGGCAGCGCAUCGUCAAACACUCCCUCGCGUGUCUCCUGGCCGUCAUCAUCGCCGUCCUGCCUCGCUUCCGCGCCAGCUCGACGUUCCUGACGCCCAUGGUUGUCGUCUUCGCCCAUCCGGGACAGCGCAUGGGCCUCAUGGUCGAGGGUCUUGUCAUGAUUCUCCUGGGAUCGCUGCUCGGCCUGUCGUGGUCGCUGCUGGGCCUGCGUCUGUCCGGUCUUGUGGCCGAUGCAAACGCCCCUGCGGCUUACUCGAUCCGAGCUGUGUUCCUGCUGGUUUGCGUGCUGCUGCACGGUUUCCUGAGGUCCACGACUCCCCGCUUGUUCAACUUUGUGCUGUUCCUCCUUGUUGUCGCGCUGCUUACCAUUCAGCUGCCCAGCGCUGCCGAUGCGUCUCUGUUUGCCACGAUUUACACACCCAUUCUGCUCGGCGCCGGAGUCCUCGUAGUCGUGAACCUGGGCAUCUUCCCCGAGUUAUCCAGCAGCUACCUCGGCACUUCCACUAUAGACACCUUGGUCGCGGCAACCGACACGUUGAACCGGGCAACGCAUUGGUUCAUCGCCCCAGCUGGCCGUGGUGCUGUCGACACCAGGAGCCUCGCAACCCCUUUCGCUGCCACCACCACGACCACCACCUCGGGCCACGGCAGCCAAAGCAGCCGUGUGGCAAACUGGAAUCUGCGGAGGCGUGUUUCAAGAUUCUUGGCGCAUUUUCCGAAUCCGUUUCUGACCGGGGGAGAUGCUCCCGCCCUGUCAACCGUGCCGAUUUCCGAAACAACCCUGGCUCUUUUGACCAUGCAAAAGUCCAAGUUGCGCUCCCAGCUAAGUCGUUGCAAGAACGCGCAAGACGAAGUCAACUUUGAAGUUUCGUUAUCUGCCUUGUCCCCGGACGCCAUGAGACCCAUUAGCAUUCGCUACAUGGCGAGUCUCGUUCAUAACAUCAUAACACUCAUCGGCGCCUGCGAAAACAAGUUUGUCCUCGUCGAUACCAAGGAUAGCCGAGAUGACGGCAAGGCAGACUGGGAGACGGACCUCUCCCUCCCCGCAAUGCCCAACCCCGAAACCUGCAAUCCACAAACAGCAUCACACACCAUGCCGCCGCAGGCGGGGAGAACGUCUGGUAAGAAACUCGGGGCCACCGAUGCACCCCCUCCGAAGGCGCUCGAGGCGGGAAGCUGUGAAGUGCUGGAGAUGGUGCUCAAGCGCAUCAGCCUCCCUGUGCAACAUCUUCAGGCGUCAAUGAGGCGAGCCGUUGAUUUGUUGGCCUCCUGUCUUGCCUACUGCUUCGACGUUCCGCAUCUGCCGUCGGGAGCUCCAGCGCCCAAAGGCAUACUCCUGGCGGAAGUUGACUUGCGAAUCGACGAAUUCUCUGCCUCCAUCACGACGUUCGACACGACAUGCGCCGAGGAACUCAAAAGAGCCAUCAUGGACGAGUCCGAAAACGUUGCCGAUUUCAUGCCUCGUAUGGAGACGUUUCUGAUAUCGUCCUUCCUCAUGGCCCUGCGAGGUUCGGCAGCUCACAUCCUGGACAUGCUCCGACAUGCCCGUUUCCUGGUCGAGAAGCGUCAGCGCCACCAUGACGCGUCUCGGAUUUGGGUUCCUCGUUACGGCAACUUCCGCAAGUGGCUUUCCACAGGCGGAGAGACGGACGCCAUGAUCCUCCCGGAGGGGGCGAAAAAGGCUGCUCGUCAGGGACUUGGCGACGCAUCCGACGCCCAACAGGAAACAAUGCCGGAAGACGAGACUGAUGACGCACAAGCAAGCGCUGUCGACGAAGAGUCCCCUGGCGGCGUUACGGCCCCGCGUCAGCUGCCUGCGAAACGGUCUCUGCACACGAGCAAGGUGGAAGGGAGCUCGGCAAAGGAUCGAGCCUUCAGUAUCCGAGCUGCUGCGGCGGACACCAUAGAAUGGGUGCAGCAUUCUGAUGACGUAGAGUAUGCCUUGAAACUGGCAAUCGCCGUGUACAUGGUCACCUGGCCGGCUCUGGUUUCCAGCUGGAACGGGUGGUAUGCCGAGGUGAAAGGCGUGUGGGCACCGCUGCAGCUCAUUCUCGUCUUUGAAGUUGCCAUUGGCACGUCCCUGUUCGUGUUUUUCGUCCGGCUCUUCGGGGUUGUCUUUGGAUGCCUCGUCGGGUACCUGGCCGUGGAGAUUGGCCGGGCAAACCGGGUUACGGCAGUGGUGGUUCUUUUCCUCGGCAUCGUUCCUUCUGUAUACGUACAGGUUGCAACCAAAUACGUCAAGGCAGGCAUGAUUUCCAUUGUCUCGUUGGCUGUCGUCGCUCUCGCGGCGGUGAACGACGGUGCCUCUACUGCCAGCGAUAUCUUCUGGAAGCGCCUGGUGGCCUUUCUCGUCGGAGGGCUCGUCAGCAUGACGGUCGAGACGGCAAUCACGCCCGUGCGGGCAAGAGACCGCCUUGUCGAGUCCCUCUCCGCGUCCGUCGGACAGAUUCAGAGAAUGCAGGCCGCCGUGGCCGUGGGCAUCGACGACCCCCACCGACCGAGGUUCAGGUCCCGCGAGCUUCUGGAGCGGUUCCGCCGUUGCCGCGACAAGGCGCAGCGGUCGCUGGCCGCCGCCGAGACCUUCCUGCCGUUUUGCCUCACCGAGCCGCGUCUCCGGGGCAGCUUCCGACCGCUGGCAGCGAUAUACAAGGAGAUCAUCUACGUGCUGCAGCAGAUUAUCGACCGGAUGGACAACGUGAUACAGCUGCGCAGGGCGUGGGGCUCCUCCAUCCUGGAGCAUCUCAACCCGCAAGUGCACGCCUUCAGGCGCGACGUCGCCGCCAGCAGCACCCUGAUUCUGUUCUCCAUCCACGAGGCCCUGACCACCUGGCUCCCCCUGCCGCAGUUCAGCCCGUCGCCCCGGCUGGCGCAGCUGAGGCUGAUCCUCCGGGUGAGAGAGCUCCUGACGACAGACGACGCACCCAGGGGAGGCGGGGGAGGCAACGAGGCCGGCAGCGAACGCGGCAGCAGCAACCACGUGGACGAAGUGACGGCGAGCCUGAUGACGCAGCGCAAUUUCCUCUCGUGGAACGCCAGCACGGCAGGCCAGAUGGAGAUUAUCGAGUACCUGGAGGAGCUGCUGGAUCUGGUGAAGCGGCUGGUAGGGGUGAACGCGUUCCGCAGCGGGAUGCUGGAGCGACCGCGGUACAGGCGGCAAGUGCGAAAGCUGGAGGUGGCGAGCGAGGCGCUGGAGAGGACGGUCUCGAGGCAGGCGGGACGCCCGAGUGUCGGCCACGAGCGUGACGACCGAGAUGAUGAUUCUGGCGUGAGCGAGGAGGAGGAGGAGGAGCGGCGGGCGCAACUGCGCAGAGCGGCUUCUGUGCCGGAGCACAACGGCGCCUGGCGGCAGGGGGUCCAGGAAGACUGCGGCGGAGGAAAAGACGGGAUUGAUGGCGGACAGGACAUACCGCCGAGUCUUCGACGGGUUGGGACGAGGCUGAGGAGAGACGGCACGUUGGUGAGGCGGCGUCGAUUCACGGUUGGCCACUAUAGCCCGUCAUGA